CUCAAGACGUUGGUACCAGAAAAGGCUUUCACCAAAUGUACAACACCAUUUCUCUAAACCCAACAAAGCAACUAUAAAGGCCCAGCAAGGGAAGCUUCGACCGACGACGACAAUUCAUAGACCAAGCCUCCCUUCCUCCUCCUUGGAACUUGGAGCAGCAGUUCGGGCGAUCGUGGACCAAAAAGGGAUCUUUCGAGAUACCGGAAAGCGAUAUUGAACGAUGAGCACAGCGACCAGGCCUUCCUCUUCAGCGACAACCUCUGUCAUCUUAGAAAACCCUGUUCCUCAGUCACAGCCGACGGAAAGGUUAGUGCUUCGGUUGAACAGGAAGAAGAAGAACGUUUCAUGGAAAGACGGGACGGUUGAUAACGAGUUCAUGCAGAAGAAGAGUUCAAAGAAAUGCUGUAUCUUCCACAAACAGAAGCCCUUUGAUGAGGAUGACAGCGAAGACGAUGAUGACAACCAUCACCAUGAUCAUGAUCAUAACCAUCAACACUCGGAAUCUGGUGAAGCCUCUUCUUCUAACGAUUCUAAACCAGUUGACUAAUCAAUCAGGUUUCUUUUCCCCCCGUUCACAUCACUAUAUGGAGAUAACGAGUUCAUGAAGAAGAAGAGUUCAAAGAACUGUUGUAUCUUCCACAAAUAGAAGCCCUUUGAUGACAGCGAAGAUGAUGAUGGCCACCAUCACCAUGAUCAUGGUCAUGAACACUCGGAAUCUGGUGAGGCCUCUUCUUCUAACGGUUCUAAACCAGUUGACUAAUCAAGUGCGUUCGGGUUUUUUCACAUCACCAUGUAGAGAUAUUGAAGCCUUUUAAUAGAUCAUGGAAGAACACUAAUUCGUCUGAGUUUUUGGUUUCCAUCAUCUCCCUCUCUUCUCCUACCUAACUAAACCUGCUUGGGGGUUUAUAGUAUAUGUACAUGUAAUUUACACAUUGCACUGUAAUGGCAUUAUUUAUUGCGAAUGUUGAUUUUUUAACUACUUGAAAGCUCUUUUGACAAUUAUGUGAUUGUGAGAGCAUUUCUCAGAUGAUGGUUUAAAAAUCAAUGUACGUGGGGAACUCUCUUCUUUUUUAUUAGAGCCCUGUGGAAAAUGAGUCGGGUUACAUAAAUUUAUGUCAUUUUAUUCAUAUAAAUACAUUGGUUAUUUUACCA